GUAGUCUGAUUGGUGCAUUGAUCGAAACGUGUGCGAGCCGCAAAGAUGGCUGACACCGGUAUCAAAACAGAUAUAAGUUCUUCAUUGUUUAAUCCUGGAGGAUGGAAAAGUCUGAUAUCAUUUGUUACGUUAUCGUUAGCAUGGCUUGUAGGAUUUAGUUCCCGAUUAUUUGCAGUCAUUCGAUUUGAAAGCAUUAUCCACGAAUUUGAUCCAUGGUUUAACUACAGAGCUACACAUUACAUGGUAAAUCAUGGGUUCUACAACUUUCUCAACUGGUUUGAUGAAAGAGCAUGGUAUCCACUUGGCAGAAUUGUUGGUGGAACGGUGUAUCCCGGGUUGAUGGUAACUUCUGGUUCCAUUCAUUGGUUACUACAUCUGUUGAAUAUACCAGUACAUAUCAGAGAUAUAUGUGUCUUCCUUGCUCCUGUAUUCAGUGGAAUGACGGCAGUAUCUGUGUACUUGUUUACUAAGGAGAUAUGGUCGGCUGGGGCUGGGCUCUUUGCAGCAUGUUUUAUUGCUAUUGUACCAGGCUAUAUAUCUAGGUCAGUGGCUGGCAGCUAUGAUAAUGAAGGCAUUGCUAUAUUUGCUCUCAUGUUUACAUACUAUCUCUGGAUAAAAUCAGUGAAGACAGGAUCACUUUACUGGGCAGUGUUUACAGCUUUGUCCUACUUUUAUAUGGUGUCAGCGUGGGGAGGAUAUGUGUUCAUUAUUAACUUGAUACCAUUACACGUAUUUGUACUCAUUCUCAUGGGAAGGUAUUCACAACGUAUUUAUGUAGCAUACAAUUCAUUUUUCAUCAUUGGAUUGAUCCUGUCCAUGCAAAUACCAUUUGUAGGCUUUAAUCCUAUAUCAACCAGUGAACAUAUGGCCUCAGCAGGUGUAUUUGCUUUAUUGAAUGCCUAUGGUUUAUUGAAGUAUGUACAGUCUUUCCUGACCAAGUCAGAGUUUAAAUUUUUCUUUAUUGUAUCUGUUGGUCUGGCAGCGGGCCUUAUAUUUCUGGCAGUUGUUGGAUUAACUUGGGCAGGAUACAUUCAUCCAUGGAGUGGCAGAUUUUACUCUCUCUGGGACACAGGUUAUGCUAAAAUACAUAUACCUAUUAUAGCAUCUGUAUCAGAACAUCAGCCUACCACCUGGGUCUCAUUCUUCUUUGAUCUUCAUAUACUUGUGUGUGCGUUCCCAGCUGGUGUCUGGUAUUGUAUUAAACAAGUCAAUGAUGAAAGAGUGUUUGUUGUCCUGUAUGCGAUAUUUUCAAGCUACUUUGCUGGGGUAAUGGUACGUCUUAUGCUGACCUUGACCCCUAUUGUAUGUGUGUGUGCAGCUAUAGCUUUCUCUAAGGCUUUUGAGAUCUACCUCAAGGAUGACACGCCUAAAACUACAAGUAAACCAAUAGAUGACCAACAUGAGAAUAAGGCAGAUAACAAAUAUUAUGACAAGGUGGGUAAAACAAAGAAAGACAAAAAGGAAGAGAAACCAAAGGAGAGUGAUGCAUUAGGUAUCAACAUAAAGAGUAUUAUAGUGAUAGCCUUGUUAAUGGUGCUAAUGUUGUUUGCCGUCCACUGUACCUGGGUCACAUCUAGUGCAUACUCCAGUCCCAGUAUUGUACUAGCAUCAUAUAAUCAUGAUGGGAGUAGGACGAUAUUAGACGACUUUAGAGAGGCAUAUUACUGGUUACGUCAGAAUACAGAUGAUAAAGCUCGGGUUAUGUCCUGGUGGGAUUACGGCUACCAAAUAGCUGGCAUGGGAAAUAAAACAACUUUAGUAGAUAAUAAUACGUGGAAUAACAGUCAUAUAGCACUGGUUGGUAAAGCUAUGUCAUCCAAUGAGAGCGCAGCAUAUGAGAUAAUGCGAGAGUUAGAUGUGAACUAUGUACUGGUGAUAUUUGGUGGUGUGAUAGGAUACUCUGGUGAUGAUAUCAACAAAUUCUUGUGGAUGGUUCGUAUAGCAGAGGGAGAACAUCCAAAAGAUAUCAGAGAAUCUGAUUAUUUUACACCACAAGGUGAAUUUAGAGUGGACUCUUCUGGAUCCAAAACAUUAUUAAAUUGCCUUAUGUACAAGCUGUCCUACUACAGAUUUGGAGAAUUACAGCUUGACUUCAGGAGUCCAGCAGGAUAUGAUCGAACUCGUGGUGUAGAAAUAGGCAAUAAAAACUUUGAUUUAACUCAUUUAGAAGAAGCAUAUACAUCGGAGCAUUGGCUAGUCCGUAUUUAUAAAGUGAAAGAUUUAGUUAACAGAGAGCUUAAAGACAAACCUGUCAAACCAGUUAAAAAAUCAAGAAAAUCUAAGAAAAAGUCUGGCAAGAAGAAGACCGGGUCAAUAAAGAAUAAACCAAAAAUUGUGAAAGGAAAGAAACCAAAAUCAAAAAAGUAGAUCUCUAUAUUUGAGUUAGAUAUAACAGACCUUAUUAGUGUGCACAUAUUAUUUAUAAAUUGCCAUUUGUUAUAUUUAACUGUGGGAAAUGAUAGGCAAUUUUUAUCUAGUUUUUUUUUUGUCUUCUUGAACUAAUCAUGAUCUAACCAAAAAAAGUUAAAUUUCCCAACUUUUAUUGUUUCAUAUUGUUUUAAAACAUUACAUUUCUUCAUCCAUAGAAAAUCACACUGAUACAAUCCAUGUCUUUAGAUAGGAGUAGAGUAUUUAUGCCACAUACAGUGCAAAAAAAGAGUUUCAACUUUCAGCAAGUAAACUAUCACAUUAGCAUUUAUACAUUACCCUUGAACAUUGCUGAAACAGAAACUAUAAAGCCUUACUUAUAGAUAGAGGCAGCUUGCAGUAUCUGUACAGUAUGACCAGACCGUUUUCACCAUCUAACUGGACCGUAUACUGUUGAUGAACAGGCUUUGUCACCAAUAUACAUUGUCACCAAUAUCAUAUCCAAAACAUUGAUUUUGGGCUAUUUUAAAAGUAAUAGUUGGACAAGAAGUGUUUGAAGUUAAGGGCUUAAGAGACAUGUUUCAUUACUUCAUAUCAGGUUUAGUUGUAAGUUAUUUGCUGAUUAAGGUCACAAGUUAUAUUUUGUUAUGAGUUUAGAACCAGCAAUCUGUGCAACUGAUCACAUGUAAACUACUUUCAAAAUAUUCUGUUUAUCCAAAAUAAUCAAAGUUCAAACUAAAUAUCAUGUCUUAAAAUAUGAAAUGAUUACAUGUACAGCUUUAGUUUGCAAUGAUUAGAAUUCUCUGUUUUAUAUGUAACUGUUGUUAUUUAAUUAUUCAUGGCAAGGUAAUGUUUUUAUGUUGUUUCUGUGUUUCUAUUUGGUUGCAGUAAAAGGGGGGAAUGUUUUCAUAUAAUUAUGGUAAUUAUAUUUAUAUAUACAUGUUCUAUAGGUACAUACUAAGUUAAAGAAUUAAAUAAUAUAUUUUACAAAAUGUAUUUUGAUAGCUUUAAGCACAAAGAAUGUGUAAACACUUCUAUUUUCUAUGAGGAAUCUAUGGUGAUAGAGGGAACUUUAAUUACAUCUAAUUUACAGAUUCAGUGUCACAUGUUUCAGUGUCUGCUGAAAUACCAUAAUGUAAUGUUGUAGAAAUAUACAGACUGUAGAAAUUGUGUUAAUGUUAUAUGUCUAUUAAGGACAUUUCUAUAAUUCCGUUAGAUGUGAAGGACAUGUAGACUUUUAUCUGUUUUAGUAUUUGAUGUUACACUCCUGUAAAAACAACAUUAAGCUGCCUAUAGCUACAUAUGUGAAUAUCUCUUUAGUGAAUGAAUAGUAAAAUUAAUAACAAGUUGGCAAAUAAUAAUAAGUUAAUGAAUAAUAAGUUAGCAAAUAAUAAGUUGGGAAAUGAUAAGUUUGUUCAUGAAUAGUAAGUUGGGAUAUGAUAAGUUUGUUCAUGAAUAGUAAGUUGGGAAAUGAUAAGUUUGUUCAUGAAUAGUAAGUUGGGAAAUGAUAAGUUUUUUCAUGAAUAGUAAGUUGGGAAAUGAUAAGUUUGUUCACGAAUAGUAAGUUGGGAAAUGAUAAGUUUGUGAAUGAAUAGUAAGUUGGGAAAUGAUAAGUUUGUUCAUGAAUAGUAAGUUGGGAUAUGAUAAGUUUGGGAAUAAUAAGUUCAUGAAUAAUAAGUUGGUAAAUAAUAAAUUUGUGAAUGAAAAGUUAGGGAAUAGGUUAGUGCAUGAAAAGAUCAUAAUUACAAUAUAAAAUAAAUAAUUUUAAGUAAGUGAAGAUGUAGUGAUGUAAUAUUGAAUUAUCAAUGUGUGAAUUAGUACUGCACAAUUAAGUAUGUUAAUAAUUAGUAUGGUAUUUGAGGGAACCUGUUAAUAGUGCUGUAGACAUAUGGUAUGGAACACAAAGUACAUGGUUACACUGCUAUAUUCACUUGUUAUUAUAUUUUAUAUUAUUAGUUAUAAACAUUUUUGACAGGAAAUAUGGCACU